UGGGGAUAAGGUAUUAUUGAUCCACAAAAUCGUUCUUCAAGCUUUUGGAAAAUCCGGCGGCGAUAUCUCUCUGCUUCUGCUUCAAUGGCGUCCAUUUGCCGUUCAAUUUCGCCUCCUCUUUUAUCUAAACCCACAACAAUCUCCAGAUUCCGAGCUCUCCAUGCGUUCCUUCCCAAUUCAUCGCAGCAUUCAAGUUCUAUGCUCUCAUUUCGAAGCUGCAGAACUCGAGCCACCAGCUCAACCCCGUCCGCCGUCGGAGAUGCUCGGGAACCUAUCGACGACUCGAUGAGCAUCGAUAAUCUUCACCGCUUCGUCGAGCUCAACUCCGGGAAGUGGAACGGUUCUUUCUUUCAAUUUGACGCUCGAGGGAGUUUGCUGCAUAAAAUAAGUACGAAGCUAGCCGCGAGCUCUUAUGGAGAGGAUGAACUUAUGAGUCUCACUCAAACACUAUACAUUAAACUGCCAUCAAGCUUUUCACUUUCUGGUGAUGAGGAUGAGCCAGAGUGGGGAGAGUACAAAAUUAAAGAAACCAACAUGUUCACUGUGGACAAAUAUCAGCAGAUUAGCUUUUUCCCCAAUGAGAAAGCAUAUUCACUAAGGUACCAGACGGCUGGGAUGUUGGACACUGUGUUGAGGCAAGGGGUGUUGGGUGAGGAUGAUACUGGUGAAGAAUUUCCCAAAAACCUCAAGCUUCCUUCUCGCCGGCCUUCCAUUGUAUGCGAGAAUUGCCUGUAUAUUCCAGACAAAGAUCUGAGGGCAAGAGCUUUUCAUGUAAUGGACCCAAGAGGAACUAUAGAAAUGCUUCUCAUCUUUCUUGAGGAAAGGGCUGAUGGGAAAAAUUUUCAUCCUCCGCUUAACUCAAAUUUAGUAAAUGAUGAGGAAAACAGGCUUCUCCCCUUUCUUGGUGACUGGAAAGGGCAUUCUAGAACAAAAAGAAGUGGUGUUUAUGGAGCAACGAUUGCGGAAGCUGAUACUCUGUCAUCCCUUCAAAUAGAUGACGCUGGUCGGAUUAUCCAGGAUUUAACAACAACAUCAAUGAAUGGAGAUGUCACCACAAACGUGCACUGGACCGGUACUAAAUCAGACAACUUGGUAACAUUUGACGGCGGGUACCAGAUUACAUUAUUGCCAGGUGGAAUGUAUAUGGGAUGUCCGUGUGAUGUAGCCAAAAGUGUAGCAGAAAGUAAGUCAUUCCACUUGGAGUUCUGUUGGCUUGAAGCUCCAGGCAGAAGACAGAGGCUCGUUCGUACUUACGAUGUAGAAGGUUUGGCCGUCUCAUCAACCUAUUUUUCUGAGAUCAAACUGUGAGUGUUUCUUCCAUCCACUACCCCUAUACUAGAAAGAACGAAUCCUAAAACUGUCCUCAAGCUUAGAUUCGAAACCAAGUCGAGUCGAGAUUUUUGGUUAUCGACAUUAUGAUUCAUGUCCUGUUAUCUAUGAGUGUUAACAAUUCCCACAAAAGAUUAAUUAUACCAACAUCUUACCUCUAUGAUCUAUCAGCUUAUUCUUUGGGUCGGGUCGAGUCUAGCUGUACUUUUGCAUAGUAUCAAAUCAAAAUUUCUUCGAUUCAAA